AUGACGACAAGCAGCUUGAUUCCAACUGGAACAAACGAAAACAGCACAAACGGCAUUUCCAAGAAGAGAAGGAGGUCCCGCAGGAGAGCAAAUCAAUCCAAUAGAGAUCUGAAACCAUUGGAUACCAAUGCAUUUGCCUCGGGACGGUCGGAUGACAUUGACAUCUUGUUGGAAGAUGGUGAAGUUCGAGAGACAAAUAUGGUUUCGAAUGGCAAUGCAUGGACUCGUCAAAACAUACCAAAGAAUCUGAUAAAGUACUUUAAUCAGCGGUACAGCCUCUUUUCAAAGUUUGACGAGGGCAUUCAGCUUGAUGAAGAAUCUUGGUACUCUGUAACACCCGAAGAUGUCGCACGACAUAUUGCUAAUCGCACUCAAUGCGGGACUAUUGUGGAUGCUAUGUGUGGUGUUGGCGGAAACUCGAUUCAGUUUGCCAUGCUCUGUCAGAAAGUCAUUGCUAUCGAUCACGAUCCAAUCAAGAUCGAAAUGGCCAAAGUCAAUGCUCGAGUGUAUGGUGUUGCCGACAAGAUCGAGUUUAUUGUCGGGGAUGCCUUUGAAGUCCUACCAAGCCUCAAGGCCGACGUCGUAUACACAUCACCACCGUGGGGAGGUCCCGCGUAUUUGGAUGCAGAAACCUUGGAUAUAGAACAUUUGUCUGUGGACAUGACAAAAUUCUACGCCAUGGCCAAACAAAUCACACCCCACGUAGCCAUGUACUUGCCUCGAAACGUCAAUCCAGAGUCAAUCGCAGCCUUAACGGCAGAGAAAGAAAUAGCCAUAGAACUCGAGUUGGUCUGUCUUAAUGGACGACCAAAGGCUAUGAUGGUAUAUAUGGGUGGCCUGGUCAUGGCCGAAUGA